UUGGUAUUUUAAUAAAUGUAUUCGAUAACAUAAUUUAUUAGGAAUUAUCUGUAUCUUUUUAAUCAUUAUUAGUUCUGUCUCUGCAUACAGAAAAUUGAGCAAAUCGGCAAAAUGACGCAGAUGUCGCAAGACGAAAUUAUAAGCAAUACAAAAACUGUUUUGCAAGGCUUGGAAGCCUUGCGCGUUGAACAUGUUUCGAUUAUGAACGGAAUAUCCGAAGUUCAAAAAGAUAAUGAGAAAUCUGAUAUAUUACGAAAGAACAUAGAAAGCAUUGAACUUGGCUUGAGCGAGGCGCAGGUCAUGAUGGCCCUAACAUCGCACUUGCAAAACAUCGAAGCUGAAAAACAAAAACUCAAAACACAAGUUCGCCGUCUUCAUCAAGAAAAUGCCUGGCUACGCGACGAGCUAGCCAACACCCAACAGAAAUUCCAAGCAUCUGAACAACUAGUGGCACAACUCGAAGAGGAAAAGAAACAUCUUGAAUUUAUGGCAUCUGUUCGAAAAUAUGAUGACAAUCAAGAGCAAGAUGAAUCCUGCGAGAAGUCCCGCAACGAUCCAGUUGUAGAGCUCUUUCCAGAUGAAGAAAAUGAUGAUAGACACAAUAUGUCACCCACGCCUCCUAGCCAGUUUGCCAAUCAAACUUCUGGCUACGAAAUACCAGCCAGAUUGCGCACUCUUCAUAAUCUUGUGAUUCAAUAUGCAUCACAGGGCAGAUAUGAAGUAGCAGUACCGCUUUGCAAGCAGGCACUUGAAGAUCUUGAAAAGACCAGUGGUCACGAUCAUCCCGAUGUGGCAACAAUGUUAAACAUUUUAGCUCUUGUCUACCGUGAUCAAAACAAGUACAAGGAGGCUGCCAAUUUAUUGAAUGAUGCUCUGUCUAUUCGCGGCAAGACUUUGGGAGAGAAUCAUCCAGCCGUAGCAGCAACUUUAAACAACUUAGCUGUGCUCUACGGCAAGCGUGGCAAGUACAAGGAUGCAGAACCACUUUGCAAGCGUGCUCUUGAAAUACGCGAGAAAGUUUUGGGCAAGGACCAUCCAGAUGUUGCAAAGCAACUAAAUAAUUUGGCUCUGCUUUGCCAAAACCAAAGCAAAUAUGAUGAAGUUGAGAAAUACUAUCAAAGAGCUCUUGAUAUAUAUGAAUCAAAACUUGGUCCCGAUGAUCCGAAUGUGGCUAAAACGAAGAACAAUUUGGCUGGAUGCUAUCUAAAGCAAGGAAGAUACGCAGAAGCUGAAAUCCUUUACAAGCAGGUGUUGACAAGAGCCCAUGAGCGGGAGUUUGGUGCGAUUGAUAGCAAAAAUAAACCCAUUUGGCAGGUGGCUGAGGAGCGCGAAGAACACAAAUAUGACAAACGUGAGAACACACCAUAUGGAGAGUACGGAGGAUGGCACAAGGCUGCUAAGGUCGACUCACCCACAGUUACAACAACGCUGAAGAACCUGGGCGCACUCUACAGACGUCAGGGUAUGUUCGAGGCAGCUGAAACUCUUGAGGACUGCGCCAUGCGCAGUAAAAAAGAGGCCUACGAUUUGGCUAAACAAACUAAGGUCGCACAACUUCUGACGUCGACUGAAAAGCGACGAUCGAAGCAGAUGAAUGAUAUGGACUUUUCGGAUGAGAACAAUCAAGAUAUUUAUUUGCAAUUCUGCACUUUUGAUGAGUGCGAAGAUGAAGAGAUGCAGGAUUGAAAUCCAUAAAGCCUUAAGCACAUUCUUUGUCGUCAAUCGUAAUUGUGGAAACAGUGUGCUCCUUAUACAUAAGCUAACUCGAACAUUAACAUUAUUUAUUCAUUCCUUAAUAUUAAUUUCGUCAAUUUUCUCAAUGACGGUAUAAAAUCUAAAAUCAAAUCUUAUUACAAAUAAAAA